AUGGCUAAGUUUCUGCCCUACCGCGCGUUGCUGCCUAUCGCCGAAUCCGGGAGGAGGAUCUGGCUGUCUACUCACGAUGCAACCACCAUCCGGUACCUCACGGUCGAACAUCGCCGCCUUAGCCUGCACGACCCUCUAACCGGAGCCGUCACCCGUCUGCCUCUCUUGCCGCAUAAGUGCUGCGUGGACGGCCGAUGGGAGGAAAACCUCCACGGCGCUGUCUAUGCUGAUGGUACGACCCUUCUCUAUGGUGUCUCCACCGUCUUCGAGGACACCAAGACCAUAGCCAGCUUCACGGCGGUGCUCCUGCAACCUGGUGAUGCAGAGUGGACGCUCGUGGAGACGAUCUUUGAGAACACCAAUAGGAGCCGAGAGUACUGCGCCACUUACCGUAAUGGCAGAAUCCUGGAUGGAAUUGCGAGAAGUGCACUUGGCUCAUCCCAGAAACAAUCAUGGCUCCGGUUCAGUGAUGGAUCAAGAGAAAAUGUGUGGGCACUGAUGCACAAAAAUAUUGCUCCUAUUAUUAUACUAUACUCAUUGGUCGAGAGGGCGGUUGAAGUGGCAGGCGAUGCCGAGAGGGCGGCUGCAACAGCACGGAGGGCGAAGUCCUACGCCGAGGUCACGGUUGCCUCUGCAGAGAGGACGGCUACAACUGCUGAGAUGGCUGAGUCAUCCGCCAAGACUGCUUGA